AUGCCGACGUAUCCCAUCCGCCGCCGUCCACGCGAGUGCAAGACAUGCUUGCCAUGUCGCGCUAGUAAGGUCCGCUGCGAUCGCGAAGUGCCCUGCGGGAAUUGCGUCAAGCGGAAUUUCACCUGCUCCUACGGUCGCCCGCCGUCCACCAAAUUACCGGCCUCGGUUACUUUCAACCCUUCUCCCACGCCGCUCCAAUCGUCGUUUGCGUCGCCCGCUGUUGCCCCAUACUACUCCUACUCUCAACGAGAUUCUUCCUACACCAUCGACGCGCCUUCGGGAACUAGCGAUGAGCCCGACCUGGAUCCUUCGGAGGUUAUUGACAUCUCGCAGGCAGAGUGGGAUGAGAUCAAUACCAAGAUGGCCGCUAUGGAACAGAUCCUCGGAAGCCUGCAUUCCCUCUUCCAAACACACUCGUCCCAGAAACGAACCGAUGAUCGUAGCUUGGAGCGGAAAGAUUCCAUCCGGUCAGAGGGUGUCUACGGGUCGAAUGUGCUGACGACUGGCGCUGUUCACCUUGGGGCUCGGUCCGCCUUGGUAGAUAUUCUAGACAAAUCUAAGAGCUCGGAGGAUACAGCGCAGGCGCUACCUCAGGAGGAUCUUCUCGCCGAACUGGCGCUGGGCAAUGAGUCGGUCGCAUACCCGUUCGUGGAUCUUUGGUCAUCCGAUCCCUACACAUUCAACAUUGCUGGAGUAUGCGCGGUUCUUCCGGAUGAUGUACAAUGCCGGAGAUUUGUGAAGUUCUAUAAAGAUAUCGGUGCGGUGUUGUACCCCGUACUACCGGAUCUUGACAAGAUCGAGCAACAGACGAAUCAGAUAAUUUUGGGGAGGCAACGGGCCGGCGGCGCCUAUAAACCAGACGCCAAUGGAUUGGUUAAGCCUUUUGGAAUGAACUUGUCCUUCCUCAGCUUACUGUUUGCGAUUCUUGCCUCGGGAUGUCAAUUGUCCGAUCUUCCCGAGCGCGACCGUGAGCUGACAUCAUGGGUAUACGUCUCUUGCGCAUACCAGUGCUUGCGAAUGUUGAAUUACGUUUCGCAACCCACGGUAGAGGUUAUACAGAUCCUACUCAUCAUCAGCAAUGUAUUAUCAUAUAAUAUGAACGCUGGUGCGUCCUACACAUUACUUGGCAUGACAGAACGAAUGUGUCUGGUUCUCGGUCUUCAUGUCGAAACGACCGGAUUCUCAUAUGAAGAGCAAGCCGUCCGAAGACGCGUCUGGUGGACAAUGGCUUUCCAGAACAGUCACUUUUCACUCGCCUAUGAUCGACCGUCUAUCACCAUGGUCAGCCAACCCGAGAUUCCCUUUGACCGUAAAUCGAUGCCGGGGCAUCGAUCCUAUUUCGAAACCCUCUGUCGGGUCGUGUCGCUUGCAUUGGAAGUGUUGCGGUCACGAAUGCACCCCAACCAUUCCCAACCCCGGUUCCAUGAAAUUCAAGAAUACAAGCACCGCAUUCAGCGCAUGCUUGUCGAAGCCGCGCCGCAUCUGCGCCAUCGAGAACAAUGCCGAUCGCUUGCCGAACAUAUUGAACGAACAGAGCUCCGACUGCACGCUUCGUAUCUUCUUUCAGUCCUGUGUCGAGUGUCAUUGGAUUCGCAUGCGCAUUUAGAUGCUAAUCGUCGAGCAUUGAUUCGGGAAGACUGUAUUAGAAGCUUAAUUGACACGGUGGAUGCGUUUGUGGAGUUGCAUGAAAUCAAUUCACAUUGCUCUCGGUCCUGGAUUAGCCUGCAAAGAUCCAUUGCCUCGGCUUUCCUGCUGAUCACCAAUGACGAUGGCCCGCGGACAUGGGAACUCAUUGAUCGCCUAGAGAAGGUCCUAGCAGAUCACGUAUACGCCGAUGGUGACGUUAACCAUAACAAUCGCACUGAUUCUGCCAAGCAUCUUGCUUCGUCUCUUCGUGCCCUGCGUGAGAUCCGAGAGGCAUUCCGCCUCCGCAAACCUGCGUCGAGUGUCCCAGCUCAACCCCAAUACCAAUCUUACUCACCACUUAUAUUGCCUUCUCCUCCAUCGGUCGACACCACCCCCGAGUUCGCUCCAAGCUUGGCACCUGCUGGUGGUUCCGUGCUUCCCAUGGAUGAUUGGAGCAUGCGCAAUAUCCUAGGUCGCGUGUCGGAUGUCAUGUUAUUCCCAAGCAUGAGCGGUCAAAAUCCGGCCGUUUAG